AUGGGCACUGUGGCUGGCCCAUGUAUACGGAAUAAUCAUGAACACGACAGACUAGACUGGGCCUAUGAUUGUACCCACGAUGCAAUGAACCAGAAGAUAAAAGAUCUUGCUCGCGAAUUUAAUACCUCUUAUUAUAAGAAAAGCAAAUUUGCCAGACCUAACAGCAAGCCUUUCAUCCCACCUUCUCUGCGUCUCGUAGACCCGGAACCCUCACGUCCGACACAUGACAGCCCAAUACAACGAACCAUCUGCCGAGAAGAACGACCCACAAUGCAGUUAUUCUUAAGAAUUUUGGCUACUAGUGAACAGCGUGAGUUUAAGGCAAAUGACAUGAAUAGACACGAGGUGGCCAGAAAUGGCUUCAAAAACCGACCAAAUAAGAGUCUCUUUACCAUAGCAAAGGAGGUUGAUAAGAUUAACUCGUCCGGCCGGUUUGAAGUCAAUAGACCCAUAAACUGGGUAGAUCUGGAUUCGAACUUCCCAGCCACUAUGAAUAUAGCUGAUUUCCGCCCUUUGUCUGCUCCAUUUGUACCUAACCUAAUUAGGAAAUUAGUUAAUUCUAUUGAAAGUUACUGCUACUCACACUCAUGGAACAUCGUGUACGCCACAUUUUCGACCGAUGUACGUCGAAUGACUUGGAGUGUUCUCCGUCUGCUACUAAGAGAGUGGGACAAUUUGGACGCCAUGGAUCUCCGGAUACAGUCAAUCACUCCUCAGCUGCGCUGUGCCGUACUUCGUCGUUUUUUAGGCUGCUUCAAAGUAAAACCACUUCACUUUUACAAAAAGACUCUGACUCAAAUUGUCCAGCGUCCUCUUUUUGACCAGUUUCUAAGACCUAACCCUCAGAUCAAGACGAUCGUUCGGAACGCUGUAUUGCCUACAAGUCGCACAUGUUUGGACACAUUAGCCUUUCUCAUGAUUCACCUACUACAUGCCUGGGAGUACGCAUCAAAUCCUGUGACCACUAAGAUAAGACUAGCAGAGAUAUAUGGGCCACUAAUUAUAAGCUUUGCUGACAGGCCAACAAUAUUGGAUAGGGACGUUUCUAGUAGUAAAACGGAGGAAGCUGCCAUUCUUGAAGUAAUUAUGGACGUAUGCGAUAGCCACUUCUGGAAUAACUUGAGUAUGCUGAAAAUCCGAUUGGCAUUCGAUCAUUUGACUGGAAUAGAGCGCCGUCGUCAUAAACAGCAUUGCAAGAAUAUGCAAAAUAUUGGAAGAAAACUUAAUGUGGGUAGAUCAAUCGAAAGGAACAGAGGCAGAGAAGGUGAAGAGGGAGAAACAGCUAGAGCAGAGAAGACAAUUGGAAAGGCUUCAGGGAUGGUACGUUCGAUGAAAACAGAUUACAUUCAUUCGAGUGAAUCGACAGAGAAAGUGCCACAAUUUGGGUCGGAUGGUAGAGAAUCGAUGACAAGAAAGUAUUCGGGAGAGCAAAUAGGAAGAAAGACACAGAGCGAAUUGACACUAGACGCUCUGAGUGACCACGUUGUCUCGCUUGAGUGGUAA